AGUAUGCAGAGUUCUAUAGUAGCCUAAUUGCUACCACAAAGUAGCCUAAAAACACGCCUACAUUCACUAUGACCAUAUGUGAGCAGACACUGAGCAGCUAUUGUUUUUAUGUUUCUGCCUUGUUAAUAAUUCACCUCACUCUUUCACUGCGCGCACGGUGUGGAUUACUCACUCGACGUCCUACCCCAAGUCCACAAACCAUAAACUGCGUUCUUGGUCGAGAACAGUGUAAAGGUUUCGUGUCUUUUUUUGGGGACUGCCGCGUGUUUCGGAGCCCGCCAACAAACCAAGUGUUUCCCCGGGAGUUUGACGAAAACCGAUCCGACAUGUUGUCUCCUAAUGACGUGCAGCUCCACAUGGAUACACUAGAGAUCUACUCGAGGCUGUUGAAUCAACUCAAUCCAAGCCUGCAGAAACUGGUGUCUCUCGGCAAUAGCUACAUCCAGGCUUUCUAUGUCCUUGCCACCACCAGCGAGGCCUACUUCAAAGCGCUUGCCAGGAUCGGGGAGCAGGCGUUGGGCACCAAGUCAUCAGGCUCCAUAGGACGGAUCUUGAUUCAGAUCGCAGAAAACCAAAGGAAGCUCAGCACGGAAGUGGAGGGAGUUGUCAAAUUCCAUGCGGAGGUCCUUCACGAUAUGGAUCACCACACUCAACUAGAUCAAGGCUACAUAUCAGACAGCAGAGGGCGCUAUGAGAUCGAGGUCCGCCGCCAAGCAGAUGCUCUGGAGAGGAGGAGGGGAGAAGCCCAGAGUGAGUGUGAGUACCUGGUCAGGCGGAGCUACAGCGACGCCCUGCAGGAGGAAGAGAGGAGAUAUCGCUUCCUGGCAGAGAAACACUGUGACGUCGGACACGCCGUCGCACAGGUCAUGAACAAGACGGGGGGUGUUUCCCAGCAGAGGCUGGAGGUGUGGAGAGAGGAGCUGAACGCCACCAGAGGACGGGAGGUCAGCGGAGGGUCCAGCAGAGCAGAACACCAGGUGAGCAGGAGGGAGGAGGAGAGGAGUCCGUACUCGGAGGUGCAGCAGCUCGGAAGAGUGCCCUCUAGAGCACCGUCUCCCUCAUCGCUGCAGAGCCGCUCCAAUUCCCUUGCGGAUCUGACCGGGGACGGUCUGUUGGGCUUCGGAGGAGGUAGUACUGGCAACGGUGGUCGUAGUGGUAGUGGUGGAGGGAGGAGGAGGACCAUGAAGGCCGUGGCAGCCCACCAAGCUGACCCAUCCAAGCCAACCAUCCUGGGCUUCCAGCGGGGGGAGUUGGUCACCGUGCUGGUCUCCCAGCCCAGGAACGGCUGGCUGUACGGACAGGCCCAAAACCCGUCUCGUCAGGGGUGGUUUCCAGCUGCUUUCGUGGAGGCCGUGGAUGAACCCUCAAAAGCCCCCAGCAGCUACAGCGGCUCCAGCAUGCGAAGCAGCAGCAGCAUGAGUGACCUGUUGGACCAAUCAGGAGGCAGAAGCGUGAGCCGUGGUGGAGGUCCAGCUCCUGCCCCACCCCCUCCCCCUCCCCCUCCCCCUCCCCCGCCUGCCCCAUCGACAGAGACACGAGCCAGCACACACACCUCCCACAAGAAGCACCCUAACCCUGUCGCUGACAACAAGCGAAGAGAGGAGCAUGGGUCGAAACCAGAACUCUUCCCAAGGGGAACCAAUCCGUUCGCUACGGUAAAGCUGAAGCCCACAACCACCAAUGACAAGUCAAAGCCAAAACUUCACCGAAGAUGAACUUCAAUGAUCAGCAGUAGCCUCUUAGCAUGGCUACAAUAUAAAUAUUCACAAUUAAUAUAGAGUUGUAGAGAGUGUUAUACAAAAAAUGACUGUGAAGUUCAUGUAUUUCAAGUAUUUUCAACUGAUUUCCAAGAACUUAAUUGAAGCAGUUGCUUGUAUUUGUGUAUGUAUGCAUAGUCAAUCAGUGGCUAUAGGGCUUGUACAUUGUGACGUCACAUCGCAAUUACCGCCUCCAUUUUGGAAGCAUAAUAUUGUUAACGGUAGUGUUUUGGUCAUUGUUUAUUAAUUAAUUUCUAAGUAUUUUUCACGUGGUGUUCCUCAUGUGAGAUGUGGCAAAACAAUCUGAUUAGCUUCGGAAACAAUAUAUUUAUGUUUAUUUUGGAUUUUACAUUACAACUCUCUUGAGUACUCUCGAAAGGUCAGAAUAUCGCCAACAAAAUAAUCCCAUGAUGCCUUCUGAUGUACAAGCCCUAUUGAAAUUCAAAAGAAUUAAAGCCAAUUGAAAAUAAACAUGUCAUUAGUUAUGUCUAUGAUUUGUGUAAAAUGUAUAUAUAUUAUUAAGCUUAAUUAAAUAGGUAAAGUGUACAUUGACAUUUCACAUACAACUCAGUUAAAAAUCUGUAGGCUUAAAUUAAGACGUUAUUUUAACAUCAAAUAAUAAAAUCAUGUUCUGCAUGUAUGCAAGAUCUUAUCUUACUGGCUCAGCAAGAUAACGUUUUUUUGAGGGGAACAUGUAGCAUGCGUGAAGAAUUAUAUUUAGUUGGUGCUUAUCUCUUCUGUCCUAGCACCUCCAUUGGCAUAAGGUCUGUUAAUGUGCCCAGGCAGUAGAAUGGCCUACUAAAAGUAGAGCGGUCUUCCAUAAGGUCUGUUAAUGUGCCCAGGCAGUAGAAUGGCCUACUAAAAGUAGAGCGGUCUUCCAUAAGGUCUGUUAAUGUGCCCAGGCAGUAGAAUGGCCUACUAAAAGUAGAGCGGUCUUCCAUAAGGUCUGUUAAUGUGCCCAGGCAGUAGAAUGGCCUACUAAAAGUAGAGCGGUCUUCCAUCAAGGCUUGCCAGUAUGGGUGCUCCCACUGGGGAUACUUAACCUACAUCAAACCUCAGUGUGAAUUCUCUUUCAACUAAUGGCUUGACAGUUUGCUUUUAUUUGAAUGGGCACUCACAGCUAAUAAUAAUCUUUUUUCUCCAUUUGAAAACUUUUAUUAAGCUCCCUUAAGUUUAAAUGAAAUAUUGAUCAAUAAUAACGCUUGGAUGAUUCUCUUUUCUGCAAUCAUAUCUUUCGACUUAGAAAAUAUGUUGAAUAAAUCCCAAAAGAAACAAUGGUUAACAAUAAAUGUAUAUAUCACUAA